GUGACCUGUCAAUAUAAAAAUUCAUAGCGGUUUUCAUCGAGUUGUUUACAUUCGGGUGGGAUUAGAUACAUUUCGUAAUAAAUACAGUCUCCCCAUGCGUAUUGAGUGAAUUGAAAAUGGCACAAAGUACCACCAGCGGUACGUCUUCAAGACGGCACGUUCGUGACCACGACACAGCAUCCGUAGCAUCUUCCAGGAUCGCGGAUGUUGCUGAAUGGGAGGCGAACGAGGCUUUGCGGCAGCGCGAGCUUGAAGAGGCUAAGGGCCGAGCCGCCCAAAUGGAAAAAACGAUGCGGUGGUGGUCAGAUUGUACCGCCAAUUGGCGAGAAAAAUGGAGUAAAGUGCGAAAUGAACGAAACAAGGCUCGGGAAGAGUGUAAACAGUUACGGACAAAACUGGAAUCUUCAGUGAAAGAGAAUUGUACAUACAAACGAGAAAAGGAGGAAUUGGAACUUCAAAAUGACCAACUAAAGAAGGAAAUUGAAAAAAUCCAUUUGCUUCUGCUGAAACAUGCUGGUCAAUUUGACAGUCAGAUUUUUGAGGCUUUGGGCGAGGAUCCAUUGAGGGAUUUUGCGUUUAGUAACACGUCGCCGCCGGCUGAUAGAGAAAAUGGGGUGUCUUCCUCUCAAUCGAAUCCUGAGUGUGAUAGCACUGGCCCAACGGAUUCAACUUUCGGUCAAGACUCUGCUUCUAAGUCUGAAAAUAAACAUGUUCAAAACUGUGAUAAGGAAAACGCUAUCGAGGAAGAGUAUGUAAUACAGAAGAUUUCCAUGCUUCAGCAUCGGUUAGAUGAGGCAUCCAAGACGAUUCAGAUUGAGAGAGAGGAAAAACUCUCAUUGCACCGAACUAUCGAGCGGCUGACGGGAGAGCUGCAGGAAACGAAAGAAAAAUGCGACGAACUGCGCGAGGCCAAGCAGGAGGCGAUGCGGGAGCUGCUUUCGUUGCAGGACGACCACGAGAAAGAGAUCCAGGUGAUCAAAUCGGACCUUCUCGACGAGGCGAGCUCGCGCGAAGGCAUGGACAAGAAACUGAACGAUCUGAGGACGGAGCUGGAAAGGCUGCAGGCGGAGAACGCGGCCGAGUGGGGCAAACGGGAACGCCUGGAGACGGAAAAACUCGCGCUAGAGCGGGACAACAAAAAAUUGCGCAACGAGUUGCGGGACAUGCAGGAGCGUAUGGAACGCAAGGGCAGCAGGCAGCUGAGCGGGUCGGACGCCGAGUUUCGACACCUUCAGCAGGAAUUGGGCGACAGGAAUAAGGAAUUGUCGGAACUGAAGCAUUCGUACUGCAAAAGCAAAAAGUUGCUGCAGGAUAAGGCUACAGAGCUCGCGCACGCGACACGCCGCGCCGAGCAGUACGAGUCUGAGGUGAAGAAACUGCGGGCGCGCGUCGAAGAGCUGAAGAAGGACCUCGCCGUGGCCGAGGACGAGCUGGACACGGCGACGAACCACGCAAGGAAGCUGCAACGCACCAAUGACGAGCUGCAGGAGCAGGUCGACAGUUUUCAGGUGCAGCUGCAGCAUUUGCACACGAGUAUGGAGAAGGAGGACGGUGGCGAGGAAAUGGCCGUCUACGAUGACGAGAACGAAUGCAUUGCGUAACUGCAGCUCCUCCGGUUUGCUCGUCCAUCACGGAGGCAGCAUCGCCGCACCCGACCGGGGCAGCGACGACGAUCCCAACGAUUUCUCGUAACGCCGCCCCCACCCCUCUCCGUUGCAAGUUAAUUUAUUCGCGUACCUUUGUUUUACGGACGCCAUUGCGGCGCCCUUUUUAUGUACAAAUCCGAUACUCAGAGGUUUAUAUUUUUUUAUAUCGUCGCGUUAACUUUGGUGUGGUCGUGUUGUUUGGUGUCUUCGUGCGAACGAGUUGUUUGAGUACGCGGAAUCAGCGAACUCUUAAACUUUAACGGCAACAGCGUGAUAGAAAAGCGAGGCAAAUUUUACGAUAAAAAAGACGGCUAGUAAGGAUUGUCUUGCUCGUUUGUAUAAACAGGAGAAUGCGAUGUUCUUAUUGUUUAUUAUUAUUAUUUGGCAAAAGUACAUAUCCAAGAACAACCAAUAGUCAAGGUUACGUAUUAAUAUGAGCUACACUUGUUUCGUCCACACGGACACCAUCAGACGUAUAAAACGUCAACUCAAACGCACCCCGAUACAAUAAAUUCCAAUUCCAAUAAUUUUCCAAUUUUAGAAAAGGUUUCUUUGAAUUCUUAUUUCUGUGAAACCAGGUCUAUUCCAGUGCGAGCAACUUGUUUUAUUUUAUAAUUUGGUGGUUAAAUCAUUCUUUCUUUGUAUAAUAUAAAAUUUAUAGUAAUCUUACAUAUUAAAGACCCUUCAGAAAAACCCCAUACAAGUUGAUAUACAAAUAAUAUAUACAGAUACGUAAAUUCCAAUUCAAAACACACAAUUGGUUAUAAAAGACCAGUAUAUAUUGAAAAUUAUCAUUAAAAAAAAACUUAAGGUGGACAUAUUUUUUCCUAAGACCUCAGACCUUGCAGAUGCCUUAAAAAUUUUAGAACUGGAAUGAUGCAUUUGUGAUGAAAUCCGCCAUAUGCAGCACAACAGUUAAUAUAUCACAGUGAGUUACUUUGAAGCAAGACAAACUACCCAAAAAAUCCGAAACAAGUAGAAAAUUUCGGGAAUAAUAUGAAUAAUCUCUUAUCAGAGUUGUCUGUCAUUAAUGUUAAUGUGUAUCACAAAGACAACUAUCCCCAUUAUUAUCCGUCCCACUCUAAAUAAAAUUUGCCUCAUUGCUGCGUUGCCAGAAUAAUUUCAUUAUUCAUAAUUUCUUUUCCUAAAGUUUGCAGCGGCGGUUGUAGUUUUUUUCGGUCCUUGUUUAUAAAAACUCUGUGUUAAAGAGUUUACCAAUUUACCAAUUCGUUGAAUUUUGUGAUUUUCCAUGCAUGUUUUUUAUACAUACCCGUGUUUUGUUAAGUUGAAAUCUCCGCUCUUUGAAAUAGAAGAAAAAGGUUCUAUCUGUUGUAACUUUUUGUUUUUGUUUAUAAUUAUUUUGUGCAUUGUACUUAAUAGGUGUAUUGUUUUAGCAUUCUUGAAGUAUUCUGUCGUCUUCGGUAUUUAAACUAAAUGACAGUUUCUGUUCCCUGUUUCCUUUCGUUUUUUCCCCUCUCCUUUCUUAUGCCGUUCUUCAUUUUUUAAAAAUUAUCUUAAUAUGUUAAAUCAAAGGAAGUACCUUUUAAGGUAAUAAUUUAAUAGGUAACAUUUAGAUUUCUUGGUAACUUUAAAACCAAUACCAAUAAAAAACAAUCCUUCCCCACUAACCUUGAAACGAGGUUGACGGUUCUCAAUCUAGAGUUUUCCUUUUCCUUCACCCUCUUACGUUAAAAUUUUUGAAACUGUACACAGUAUAUUAUCUAAACUUUUAUUAAACUAAACAUUACAUCGCCUCACGUCAGACACAUGCGUACGCACAAACUGGCCGCUGCAAGUCGUAAAUUCGUUUUUCAUACAAAAAAAAAACAAUUAUAUUGUUAACGUAUAGAUAAUACGUGCCUUAUUUUAAUUUCCGAUCCUUUUUCGGCUAAAUGGCACUGGGUGCUGAACUCUCUUUCGAAAAAUCUCAUUUAAAUAUAUAGGUAUAACGUAUACAUGCAUACUGGUGUAUAGUCAGAGGAAUUGGAUGUUACCACAAAUAAAAGUCUAAUUAUUUGGAACGCCUUUCGACUCGACCCCAUCGACUAAUACCCGCACUCGCGCCCCCGCGCCCCAC